AUGGCCACCUACAGCCCCGGCGUGCUCGUCGGCAACUGGAGCGAGGAGGCGCGGCUGGAGGAGGAACGCUUGAGGGAAUUUCUGCAUAAAAGAGAACGAGGAGAGCUUUUAAUACAGAAAAUAAACAAACUUCAAGAUAAUCUUUUAAAGAAGAGACAGCUCUCAGUAUCUAAGGAUGGAUAUGUUCAUUUCGGAGACACUGUGAUGCUUCUGAACCCAGGCAGCAAAUCUGCAGUGGAUAAUUCCUCUGGCGUUUGUGACGGUCUGACUUUGGCAAUUAAUCUGGAUGAAACAUCCCUAUAUUCAGCUGAAUCCUUGCAAGCCCCACAUGGAGUUAGUGCAGUCAAGAGUGUGAAUCCUAUGAGUCGAAAUACUUUUUGUAUUCUAAGCCUUGAUGGAGGUGCAGUGGGUGAACCGAUUAGGUUUGGGCAAAGCUUUGGUCUUGGGACAACAGGAGGGUUUUCUGACCAAAUGUUUUAUCUAGCAAGUGACCAUAAAUCAUUUCUAAGAUUUGCUAAAAAAUCCUACCUUCAGCAAGUAUUUUUGACAGAUGUGCUUUCCUAUUUGACUUGCUGGCAAGCUGCCUUCUUGGAUCCACAGCUGCGUCUGGAAUAUGAAGGAUUUCCAGUUCCUGCAAACUCUACAGUGAUUAUUACUCACUGCCACACUAAUCGGAGCUUAGCCGUUCCAAGGAUCUUUUGGACAAGGUCCUAUUUUGGAAAAGAAUAUGAAGUCAUUUGUCAUACUUAUUUGGACUCCCACAAAGCUGAAGAAGAUAAGAAUUACUGGGAAAUAGUUACAGGAAAUCCCAGCAAUGAGGAUGGUACAAUGAUUGACAGACCCAGCCCUCUCCCAGAGGGGAUUGAAAGGAAUGAGUUUCCUAAAGAGACAUAG